UCUGAUAAAUCUUUUGAAGAUUACUAAAAUUUCUUCAUUGGCGUGUCUGAAUGUUGAAAAGAUCAUGAAAGGAUAUCAAAUUAUGUUUAUCUGUCAUCCACUUUUUGCAAUAGUGGUAAAACUUAUUUUGACAUAAACCAGUAUGGUAUCAUCUACUUUUGAGCACGGUGAGCUUUUACAGUGAUAUUAAAGUGCGCACUACAAUAGAAAUUAUUAUAUGAAUGACAAUUGUGUAAUAUUUACUAAGCUGCAGGAUUAGGAGUACCAAAAUCUACAUAAGUGCGUUAUGGAAGAUCAUAGCAGUGACGGCAAAUUACUUAUAGAUCGGUCAACCAGUUACCAUGAUAACGAAGCAUUUACAGGGACUCCGGAACCUAUAUUAAACAGUGCAACAGGAGACGUGUCAAGGGAACCUGAAAAAGGAUGUGCACGUUUCAGUGAGAAGGUAAAGAUAAAAGUUAUGAAUGACCUUAAGCCUGGCGAUCAUGUGUGUUUUGACGGGCGUAUGUUUAGGAAAAGGAUUGUUGGAGAUCAAAAAGCUUUGUACCAGCAUCAUGCAAUUGUUUCAUCGAUUACGAUUAUGGGCUCACAGAUGGCCGUUCUUCAUUUAAUAGAGGUUUCGAAGGAUAAAGGCCAAGUGGUCGAAAAUAGAUAUGCCUUAGACUUAAAACACACUCAUGUGUAUAAAGUUGAAUACCAUUGCAAAUUUACAAAUAGUAGAACACUACAAGCUGCCAAAGAAAAGAUUAACACCAAAUGGGAAUAUUCUAUAUUGAAAAAUAACUGUGAGCACUUCUGCAACGAAUGCUGCGUAGGAGAUAAAAAAAGUAUUCAAGCUGAAACUUGUUUUUACAAAUGCCCAUAUGUAGGUUGCUGUGUCAUUGGGAUGCCCAGCCUUAUUCGUUCAAUAUUACUAAUCGUUUUCUUGACAGCGGAUGACAUUAUCAACGAUACACUAUUGUUAAAUUACGACAUUAGUCUCGGAUUGGACAUCGCUUUUUCGAUUGGCUUGAAUGUUUUAUUCUUUGUCAUGUUCACUUUAAUUAAUAAUUGUUGUUGUGAAUCUAAUUCAUGUUAUGUCUGUCGUGAAGAAAAAUGCAAAACAUGCAAACGCUACGAUAUUAAACGUUGUGUUUCUUUUUUUAUUAUAUGGUUCAUUUUGCAAUGUGGUUCUUCAGUUUUUGUCGUUGUGUCGAUACAUAUUAAACUUUUUCAUAGAUGGUGGGUGCCUAUAGCAAUCGGAAUAGCUGUAAACUUUUUGACAAUGAUAUUGUUGUGGCGUGUUUUGAAUUGCUGCAUACAUCCCGUGAGGAAGAAAAAUAGUGGCGAUAAACCUUAAUGUUUUAAGUUCUAACCCACUGGUUUGGAUAGUUUAGGUAAUUUGAAAAGGAACGUUGACAAUAAUCUAUCGUUCCAUAUUGUAUUAUUAUAUAUAGAAAAUUACACAAAACGUAAAUGGUAAAUGUAUUGAUAUGAAUGAAAUCCGUGGCUUUAUAGAUCAAAUAUUCGUUCAAAUUAAAGAACAGAGAGACUUCAUGUAUGUAUCCAAAUUUCACUCAUUAAGUGGGUUAUUACUUUGAAACUUAAUUUUGAGUAAAUGUCAGUGGUUUUGACAAAACUGCUGUUUUGAGGGGACAUGAAUCAGUGGAAACUAGUUAACGUUGUCAUGAUUUAUUUUAGCUUGGAUGUUAUUUACCAGGUUGGCACAAACGUAAAGUAGGUGUAAAGCAGUGUCUCACAAACCAUGAUUUUUUAGUAAAAGAUUUUUAAUUUUUACGUAGACCUUAAAUCCUUCUGUGUGUAUAAAGUUAGAAUAUUAAUUUUCAUGUCAGUUUGAUAAAGACAACAAGAAAACACGCAUUAAAAAAAGAAAAUAUUCAAAUGCAUCAAGUCAUUUGAUCUAGGAUAUUUUAUUGUAAAGUAUCUAUCACUUGACACACAAAGAGGGCGGAAUAUCAAAAUACAGGAUACUGCUUUUGAAAAAACACCAUUUGAUUGGAAUGGUUUACUGAUAUGUAACGUAUAGCUACAUAUUUUGGUCAUUUCUUAUAACAUAGUACUUUGCAUAAAACAUAUACGUAUUUAUUUUAUUAACUUUGCCUUUUCUGGAUGCACACCUUAUCAUCAGUAUGCGUAAUAAAUUUACUUGCUUGUUUUGCUCAGUGAUAUGGUGUUAAAAAUGACGUCAAAAAUUUGAUAUGAAAUUUAUACUAAAGUCUUGAUAUUGAAAACAUUUAUGGAUAUUUAAUUCCAACUAAGCGGAGCUGAAAAAUCGGUAUUUAAUAUUUUUAAUUUCAUCAUUUUAAUCUAUUCAAAAUUCAAUGCUAUCAUUUACCAAUUUUGAAUUAAGAAUUGCAUUUUCAUAAAAUAAGGGUAAACGUGUUUAAAAUUAUUAUGUGUUAUUAAAGUAAUAUAAUCAAGAAGCAGUGUGUCACAAUUUCAUUGUUAUCUUUAUGCCCCCCCCCCCCACACACACACAGGGGCUGGGGGGGGGGGGGAAUAAUAAAAAAAAUCCUUUGAUUGUGUCUUCUGUCGUUAUGAACAAAAUAUCUGGUAGAGUUACUAGCAACGUAAAAGAUAAAAGUUAAGUCUUAAUUUAUAAUGUUUAUGAUGGAUAUUUCAUUAAUGUAACUAUACAAAUAAGAUUACAUUAAAUUUUCUAUAAAAUCUUGGGACAGAAUUAAGGUAUUUAGUUAAGGAAGGCAUAUUCAAAAUCGGCUGAUAAGAAUAGAAUUCAGAUUCCUAUCUAAAUGUGUUUAAAGUGUAUGUGUUUAUAUCAAUAUAUAAUUUAUGUAAGUAUAUAAAGAUGUUUGUUUUUAUAGAUGUGUUUGUGUGUGGGGGUGGGGGAGGUGUAUUUGUAUGUGUGGGUAUAUGUGUGUAUGUAUAUAUAUAUAUUACGUUUUUAAGAUAAAUGUCGAUAAAAUGCUUAAUUCAAGUGCUACUUGUAAUGUUGGAUUUUCCAGCUAUUGCAGUUGCUGAUGAUUUCUUACAUGAAACAUUUGUUUAUGUCUGAUGAGCUUCUUUUUAAUGUACACAUUUUUCUUAUAUCUUUUUUUAUUUUUACUUUCUGCUUGUUCUGCUUGUACAGCGCAUAUAGGGUCUAUGAUCACAAAAGAAUCAACACUACGACCAGUUCGCUGCUACAAAAUUUCAUUAUACACAAUUUUAUAUCCAUUUGGGUAAUAAAUGAUCUAUGUGUCUACUGAGCGAGCGGCAUUAGGUACCUUUUACAUUCUUAUAGUACUUAGAAAAUUGAAGGGAGAUAUCGUUUUUAUCUCUAACCAUUGUUAAUGUCAUAUUACAAAUAACACGCGGUUUAUCAAAUAUGAGAAACAUUUUCUAGAAAAACUACUGCGAGAUUUAUCAACCGAUCUAACUCAGUAGAAAAAACUAAUAACAAAAAGAAGGUGGAUUUUAAAUAAAAGACAGACGUAUUUAAUAAACAAGAGGACCAUGAUGGUCCUGAAUCGCUCACCUGCCCCCACAUGAACUGAGUAUGACGUCGUUUUUUCUAUUAUUUGACAUAGUAACCUAGUUUUUGAGCUCAUGUGACCUACUUCUGAACUUGACCUAGAUAUCAUCAAGAUAAAAAUUCUGACCAAUUUUCAUGAAGAUCCAUUGAAAAAUAUGGCCUUUAGAGAGGUCAAAAGGUCUUUCUAUGUUGAUACCUAGUGACCUAGUUUUUGACUGCAGUUGACCCGGUUUCAAACCUGACCUAGAUAUCAUCAAGAUAAACAUUCAGACCAACUUCUAUACAGAUCCCAUGAAAACUAUGGCCUCUAGAGUGGUCACAAGGUUUUUCUAUUAUUUGACCUACUGACAUAGUUUUUGACCGCAUGUAACCCAGUUUCAAACUUGGUCUAGAUAUUAUCAAGAUGAACAUUUUGACCAAUUUUCAUGCAGAUCCCAUGAAAAAUAUGGCCUCUACAGAGGUCACAAGGUUUUUCUAUUAUUUGACUUACUGACCUAGUUUUUGACCGCACGUAACCCAGUUUCGAACCUGACCUACAUAUUAUCAAGAUGAACAUUCUGACCAUUUUUCAUACAGAUCCCAUGAAAAAUAUGACCUCCAGAGAGGUCACAAGGUUUUUCUAUUAUUUGACCUAAUGACCUAGUUUUGGACCGCACGUGACCCAGUUUCAAACUUGACUUAGAUAUCAUCAAGGUAAACAUUCUGACCAAUUUUCAUGAAGAUCCCGUGAAAAAUAUGGCCUCUAGGGAGGUCACAAGAAUUUUCUAUUUUUAGACCUACUGACCUAGUUUUGGAUCACAGAUGACCCAAUUUCAAAUUUGACCUAGAUAUCAUCAAGAUGAACAUUUUGACCAACUUUCAUGCAGAUCCCAUGAAAAAUAUGGCAUCUACAGAGGUCACAAUGUUUUUCUAUUAUUUGACCUCUGACCUAGUUUUAGAUUAGACGUGACCCAGUUUCAAACUUGACCUAAAUAUCAUCAAGAUGAACAUUCUGACCAAUUUUCAUGCAGAUUCCAUGAAAAAUAUUACCUCUAGAGAGGUCACAAGGAUUUUCUAUUAUUUGACCUACUGACCUAGUUUUUGACCGCAGUUGACCCGGUUUCAAAUUUAACCUAGAUAUUAUCAAGAUAAACAUUCUGAUCAAUUUUCAUGCAGAUCCAAUGAAAAAUACGGCCUCUACAGAGGUCACAAUGUUUUUCUAUUAUUUGACCUACUGACCUAGUUUUGGAUCGGACGUAACCCAGUUUCAAACUUGACCUAGAUAUCAUCAAGAUAAACAUUCUGACCAAUUUUCAUGCAGAUCCCAUGAAAAAUAUGACUCCCAGAGAGGUCACAAGGAUUUUCUAUUAUUUGACCUACUGACCUAGUUUUUGAGGGCACGUGACCCAGUUUCAAACUUGACCUAGAUAUCAUCAAGGUGAACAUUCAAACUAACUUUCAUGAAGAUCUUGUGAAAAAUACGGCCUCUAGAGAGGUCACAGUUUUUCUAUUUUUAGACCUACUGACCUAGUUUUUGAUGGCACGUGACCCAGUUUCAAACUUGACCUAGAUAUCAUCAAGAUGGACAUUCUGACCAAUUUUCAUAAAGAUCCCAUUAAAAAUGUGACCUCUAGAGUGGUCACAAGCAAAUGGAUGGGCGGACGGACGGACGCACGGACGACGGACGACGGACGCAGCGCGAUCACAAAAGCUCACCUUGUCACUUUGUGACAGGUGAGCUAAAAAAUAACUAAAAUAAUACAGUAUACAAAGAAAGACAACGAAGGCUGUCAGGUUAUCUGGCUGAAUAUUUCCGAAAUUGUAUCUGAACCAAGCUCAGACAGACUUCGUAAUAGCAAUGAUUACGUAACAAUAGCUCACCGUACCCAAUUAUAUAAUUCAUUUGCGAAUGCGGUCAUCAAAACGAGGAUGCCACGUAUUUUUCCUUUAACUGUAAAAAAAUAUCUUAAUCAGAAAAUUGUUUUAUCUCAAGAGACACACAUAUAUCAUCCGCUUAACCUACAAGUAACUCUGUUUGGGAAUGAUCAAUAUACGGAAGAUAAAACCAUAUUAUCUUUCUACAAGUUCAAGACAUAAUGACAUAUGUUAAAUUUCAAUGUCUAUACUAAAAGACUAUAUCUUAAAAUCAUGGACAAGCACCCCCCUCCCCCCACCCUCUCUCUCUCUCUCUCUCUCUCUCUUUCUCUCAUCUUUUCAUUUUUUGAAUGAUGAUAACACAACUUCUCAUAUUCAUUUUUUAAUUCCCUGUAUUAAAUAUGUUAUAUCUAUUGGAAAGGGUCGUUUACUGAUGUAGCAAGAAUUGGUUGCCCGACCCAUUUGCUUAUGUUUUGGCUGUACAUGUACAUUCAUUGAUAUAUGUUAUCAUAAAUGUAAAUAAUAAAAAGCAAUAAAAUAUGAUUAAGAAACGGUAUGUAUCGUAUGAUUCGAAGGAGUCAUUUUGUUAUUAUAUGUUAUUAUAUGUUAUUAUCUAUUUUAGACUCAAUUAUAUUAGUCUAAGAAUGAACCGAAAUAUUCAUUAUCUUCAGACCAUUCCUUACUGCAGUCUACAAAUGUGAUGUAUAGUAUACAUGCAUAAGAAUACUAUUUGCCAAAGUAACUCUUCAAGUCAAAACAUCUAACCAGAGAUAAAACCAAUUUUGUGGUUAAAGUGACUGCUUUAAUUUCUGCAGAAUACUGGUAUUUUUCUGAAACUGUUUGGUAAGACUGAAUAAAAAGUAAUCUCGUUUCCAGACUUAAUCUAGCAUUUAUUGGCCACUGACGUUGUAUGUUUAACUUAACCUGUCGCAUUAAAAUGUAUGUAAGUUUCAUAUAUGUAUAUAACAAUUUAGAUAUAAAAAAACAAGUAACAUAUAUUCAUUUUACAGCACAUGAACUCGACAGAAGUACGGAACAACAUACUACUUUUUCGAAGUGUUGCUGUACAUUUGAACAUAGCUACUUUGUCAAUAUGUUCUCAAAUAUUUCUAAUAUGUAGAUGUACAAAAUACUGUACCGGAAUGUAGCAGUACAUUAAUAACUGCGAUGAAAAUUAAAUGUAACUUUGGGUGUCAAGAAGACUUUACUUGAGUCGGGAGUGAUGAUGUUAGCAAAAUAAUUGGUCUGAGGCAUGUGUAUUUACAUGCUGUACAUAGGUAUGUUUACGAGUAGCUGCUUUCGUUCAAGUGAUAUUUCAGUCUAUCAAUAUUGAGUCAUUGUUGAGAAUAAGUACAUCCUCGGUACUAAAUUGUUUGAAAAAUAUGAAAAUAAUGUUGAUUUGAUGAGAUACCUUUAUAAGUACACGGCAUUUUUCUCAAAUCUGAUACAUAGCUAUAAGCAAUAUGGAGAGAAAUUAUGUAUUUCUUUUAAAUUUUGUUGCCAGCUUAAGAAAAGUGACACAGACCGAAAGUGAAUCCUAAUUUUUGUCUCACAUUUUUAUCAGUAGGCAAAGGGCAAUAUCAAGAAAAUGCACACUGUUUUAUUUUGUUGAUACAUAAAGACAUUUUCUUGCUAACGCAACAAAAACCUUAAUUAUCAUUAACAUUUUUCCAAGUUAUUUGGUGCGUAGAAGUGCACACGUCUUUGUAAAUAUGUAUCUAAGGUAUUUAUAAAUGAUGCUCAUAAUGUAGUGCUGGCUUAUAAAAGAGGAGAUUUUAUACAUGUUUCUCAAACGAAGCAACUUAGUGCAUCUAAAACUACAUUCACGUAUGUCUUGAAAGUAAACAGAGGGUUUAACAAUUAAUAAUGUUAUUGCUUUACAGUAAAAUAAAUAAAUAGUUGUAUUAUAUUCUAUAUGAAUGUUUUUGUAAUCAAUAAAACAUAGAAACAAAUGUCUCUUUUUAUUGUUUAGCACAGCAAAGCUUACCUACAUUUACUACUAAAAUCAAAGUUUAAGUUUUGUUCUUAUUUGCAAAUCAAAUACAAAUUUGUCAUUUCUCUUUGGACUAUUCUUUUAAUAUCAGGUGGACGUGUUCAUCUAGACUAUCAAUGCAUUUGUAAAGAACUAAGGCAGAGAAAAUUCUAACAACAACGUUUUAUCACAACACUGCAUCAGAACUUAAUUAUCAUAGCUGCAAACAGACUGGGGAAGUUUCUAAUUAUUUUUACCUUAGUUCAGUUCUAUAGGUUCUAUAGCUCCGCUUCACAAGGACAAGUCUUUAUGAAUACGUUUCAGCCAGUGAGGAUAAUCAAGGUUUCCAAUGAAGGCGACAUUCCUCGUCCGCAUCCGGUAUUCCCCAAUAAUGUCUGAUGUUUCCAUAUGACCUAAGGAGUUUGUCCUCAACGACUGAAACGAAUAUCCCGUACACUUACCUAGUUGGACAUCUAUUUUGCUGAAUUUAAGAAAAUGAUUACCGGAAGAUUACGGAAGAUCUUACAAACUAAAUGUUACGUUUAGUAACAACAGGGGUACAGAAGACCACUGACAUAAGUUUGUAAUCUGUCCCAAAAUUAGGUAGAGUUCUGAACGAUUGUGUUGGAAUUCGAGGAAUUUUCUGCUUCGUCUUUGAGCCCAAAAAGUGACAUUAUAAUGGUUUCCUUACAACACAUGAAUUGAUCGUGAGACAGUGUCAGGGACUGAAACAUACUGUAGUCUCUGUCUUUGUUAAAUAACACUGUUUAGGAGCAUGAACAGUCAUGUGAUAUAGUCUGUGUCUUUUUAUUGACAAAUUUUAAUAUUAAAAUGGCACAUCUAUUUGCUGCUUUAAAGUACAGUUGCCUACUCAAAGACCACGGUUGUAUUGUUUGUAUUACAUAGGUUAGAAAACGCUGUCAACAACAGUCAACAAAAUGGAAGAAUGAAAUGACUAACUUGAUUAUAUUUGAUUUGCAAUGCUAAAAUGUGACGCCACAUCAAGGUGGAGAAAAACGAUAAAGCCAAGUGAGAUAUCUCCACAAGUACGGGACUAUAUCUAAAGUCUGUACUGCAUGGUACUUGAUAUCGGAACAGGUAAACAUUACACUACUGGCGUAGCAACUGUUGGUAAACAGAAAAUUAAGUGUCAGAUUCUUAUCUCAACGACCAUGCCUAAGAUUGCCCUUCGGUCUCCGUCACAAACAAUCCCGCGGGCUUCUGCAGACGUUAAUGCACAAAAAUCGUGUAUUAUCCCUACAAUUGUUCACCGCGGAUAAACAUUCUGAAAAUCUUCUUUCGUUUUCAAAAACUUUUGUUAUCUUCCUUAGAUUUGAUUAUGAUCGUUUUCAUUAAUCAAAAUUAAUUAUCCAUUGUCUGAACAUCAGUUUCAAUCGUUUAUUUCAAGGGUAUUUACGUCUGACGAAGUAAUUCUCACGUGCGAAAUCAAGCGGCAGUUCCGCACUAUUUCUUUCCUAUAUGUGGAUGUACUAUGACAAGAUAUUUUGUGUGCAAAUACGUAAAAUGAACGAUAAAACUCAAACAAAUUAUGCGUUUCCUAUAUAAUUCAAUGUGUUCAACUACAUCGCUCUCGGUUUCAUGUUAUCUCUUACUGGAACGUUAAUGUCAGCCGGUACAAUUUGCUUGUUUGUUUGUUUUGUGUUUAACACCGUUUUUCAACAGUAUUUCAGUCAUGUAACGGUGGGCAGUUAACCUAAGAAGUGCUCCUGGAUUCUGUACCAGUACAAACUUGUUCUCUGCAAGUACCUUUAAUGUCACGCCGGACGGGUAUAAAGAACAAUACCAAAAGAUGACUUAUUUUGUGUAAUGACAUCACUGACUAUGUGUUUACCCAAAAAAAGUCAGACAUAAGACAGACCAUAUGGGAUUUUUGGAUUACAUUCCUGUAUAUAUUACAUAAACAAACCUAGAAAUAUUCAGGUUGAUAGUCUUCUCAAUGUUACUUUCCACGAGGUCUGAAAAUUUCGUUUUUUUUUUCUUCUGAGAUUGCAGUAUCGUAUUUUUAACAACCGAAUGCUGAAUGGUUACUACAAUGUUGUUUGAUGCAAGUUGACUGUGUAUAUAUGGUUGGUACUUAAGCGGGAAAUGUCGAUCAUUAUCAAAUUGGUUCUUUUUUUCCAUUGUAUAUAUUAUACAGUACAGUGAGUACUGUUCUAAACAUAUAAAUGUUGCAGUCAAGGAGAGGUGAUUUCACCUAUGACAAAUAGAGACUAUUAGAGAUAGAAAGACCUUUUAUUAUGUUAACUAAUUUGUAAUUAACCGAUCUUGUGUUAUUACACCGAGUUAACAGUUACGAUAAUGUAACUUAAUGAUUUCUAUAAUACAUAGAAAUUACCUUCCUUUCAUUUUAAUAUCAUCUUCUGCAUGAAGAAAGCAAUUCUUUUAAUAAUUUCAUAAUUUUGAAACUUCAAGAUCUCUGUCAACCAAACAGACGGCCUUGUUUUACAAAUGAAAACUGCAAAAUAUUUAGUGUGAGUGAACAACUUCCCGGUUUAGGUGAUUUUCAUAAUUAAAUGUGUUAUUCUAUAUUUUUCGGUAGAACUGAAAAGGUUGUACUUACGUUCACAGAUUUACAUUUAUUUCAUGUUUUUCAAUGUAUUAUUCGAAAAUGAAGGAAAUAAAUCUUGCAUUAUCACUGUG